CCUUAUGUUGUACCAUUUAUAUCUGAUCAUCCAAGACAUACAUUCGUCAAUGUUAUAAAAACAAGUCUUACACGUGCUCUAAGAAAUUCAUCAACAUUUGAAAUAUUCAAUAACGAACGAAUCUAUAUUAAGUUAACUCUAUUGUACAAUGGAUAUCCAUCAUCGUUCAUUGACAAACAAUUUCGGAAUUUUUUUUCUGAAUAUAUAAAUUCGUCGUCAUUUUUACCGUUUAUUGAUAACGAAGCUCAAUUUGUAACUAUGCGCAAUAAGCUACUUAAUAUACCGACUGCUCGUCAAUCACAAGUAUCAUUAAGUGCAGCAACCGCCGACAUUGACAAUGAUCAGACCGAUGAACCAGAGAACGAACCGACAACCACAACAACAACAACAACAACAUCAACUGUUCAUGAGCGAAACAAGAAAGAACAUACCAGUGGCAAUAAAUUAAUCGUCCAUUAUACACAUGAAAAACGAUUUCAAACAUUUAAAUCAGAUAUGCAUAAAGGCUAUGAUAAUAUAUUCAAAGAUACACCUGCUGCCGACGUUAAAUUAAUUGUUGGCAAUAAGAAUCGUCGUUCGGAAAAAAAUGAACUCAUUUGUAAACGACCAAAAAAAUCCUUACUUACCAAUAAGCCAUUCAAAAAACGACAAAGAAAAAAGAAACAAUCAAGAAAAGAAAAUACAUCUGAUCCCACCAACCAUCAAUUAUCACUAUCGAAAACAUAA